CUCUAUUGAAGAAAGUGUACUACACCAGGGUUCUGAGUCUCAGUGCCAUUGUCAUUGUGUUGUUUCCUCAACGUCUUUAAGUUUUAUUAUAAUAUCGGAAAAUGGGAUCAGCAAACUCUAAUGGUGAGAAAUCAGAAGGUUCUCUUUUCUCUUUUUCUGGGAUACCAAACAUCACCUCAGAGAUACUGAAUGGCAAAAAUUAUUUAGCCUGGUCUACUUCCGUAUAACUUUGGUUUCUUAAACAGGGACACUAUGAUCACUUGGAGAAAUCAUUGGAUGAAAUUUCAGAAAUAAAACGUGAUAUAUGGAAAAAGGUUGAUUAUCGACUCUGUGCUUUGCUGUGGCAAUCUGUUGAACCUGAUAUCCUAGUGAUUCUAAAAGCUUUCAAAACAUGUCAUACUUUUUGGAAGAAGGCUCAGAAUGUUUUUGGUUAUGACACUCAAGGGCUCUAUGAUUCUGCAAAAAAACUGGUCACCCUUAAACAACGUCAUCAUGACAUGAUUUCUUAUGUUUCAAAGGCACAAUCUGUAGUUGAGGAGCUGAAAACAUAUAUGCAAGCUGAUACUUUGGAAGAAAUAAAGAACAAAUGUGAUAAUCUGUUAAAGAUGCUGGUUCUUCAAGGAAUGCAUCCAGAUUAUGAGCAAUAUCGCCGUCAAAUUCUGACUAGUCAAGAGCUCCCUUCCAUGGAAAAUUUGUUUAUUCGUCUUCUACAAGCUCCUUUCCCUAAACCUGGUGGAAAUUCAACCGAUGAUAUUCAGUCAUCUGCAAUUGGGUCCAAUCAAGAUAAUCGGGAAGGACAUGGUGGUGGAGGUUGUCCUCAACGUUCACGCUGUAAUAGAAUGCGCUUCACUCAAGACGCAUGCGAUUCACUUCCUGGGCUGCCAGAAGAAACGGAGAGGUUGAAGAAAGAACAAGAAGAAAAGGAGCACAAAAAGAAAGAAAAGGCGGAGGCUCACCUUUACACUAUUAUAAAGGUGGCACGAGAUGAAGACCUUUCAGGGCAGAUCGGAAAGGAUAUAUAUUUUGAUCUUGUAGACCAUGACAAAGUGAGGAGUUUCUGUGUCCAAAAACAAACAUCUUUUAACCUUUUUAAGGAAGAGGUUGCUAAAGAGUUUAACAUACCAGUUCAAUUCCAGCGCUUUUGGCUGUGGUCAAAGCGGAAAAACUGUACAUAUCGUCCAUAUCAACCGUUGACACCCGUGGAAGAAGCACAAUCUGUCGGACAGUUGGGAGAGGUAUCAAACAAGGUUCACAAUGCAGAGUUGAAAUUGUUUUUGGAAGUGGAGCUCUGGCUGGAUUUACUUCCAAUUGCACCACCCCACAAGACAAAAGAUGAUAUAUUACUUUUCUUCAAGUUAUAUGAUCCUGAGAAAGAGGAGCUACGUUAUGUUGGAAGGCUCUUUGUGAAGAAUACUGGUAAGCCAUUGGAAAUCUUGAUGAAAUUAAACAAAAUGGCUGGUUAUGACCCUUAUGAAGAGAUUGGACUAUAUGAGGAAAUUAAGUUUGAGCCAAAUGUUAUGUGCCUACCUAUUGAUAAGAAAUUAACAUUUCGAGCUAGCCAGUUACAAGAUGGAGAUAUUAUAUGCUUUCAGAAAGCUCCUGCUAAGGAACAUGUCCGCUAUCCAGGUGUGCCUUCAUACCUAGAAUAUGUGCACAACCGCCUGGUUGUUCACUUUCGGUCUCUUCAUAAACCCAAGGAAGAUGACUUCUGCCUCGAGAUGUCAAGGCUCUAUAAAUAUGAUGAUGUAGUGGAGAGAGUGGCUCAACAACUUGGUUUGGAUGAUCCAUCCAUAAUCAGGCUUACGCCUCACAAUUGUUACUCUCAGCAACCAAAACCCAAGCCUGUUAAGUAUCGUUGUGUGGAGCAUUUGUCUGAAAACCAAAUGCUGUUUCACUGUGAUCAGGUAAUCAUUGACUUAAUGCAUAAUCUUUCUUUUUGUUUCUUGUUUAAAAUCGAAACAUCUUAUUUCCCUUAAUGCAUGCCAGACUUCGGACAUAUUGUACUAUGAAGUACUUGACAUCGGACAUAUUGUACUAUGAAGUACUAGACAUCCCUCUGCCAGAAUUACAAGUUUUGAAAACUCUGAAAGUUGCAUUUCACCAUGCUACCAAGGAUGACGAGAGUGUAUAGUUUUUGAAAAUGAUGGAGAUGUGGUACAUAUUAUUUCCAUGAAUGUUACAAUGUUUAAAUGAAAUUUUAUGAUGAAAUGUGAUUAAUCGAGAUGAAUGGU